CUUUCUCCUCCCCAACCCCCAAUCACAUCGGCUAUGUGCCCUUUGUCUUCCUUCUCCUUCCGUUCAACCUGCAGCACUUUCUUCGCCCGUAUCUCAAGCUUCUCGUCGUUCCGUUUUCUUGAUAUGGACGGCUUUAGAGAUAGAGGAAGAGCAGAUGGGGCAUCGGUGCUGAGAAGAGACUGGAGCGUUGCUCCGAAAGCCGUUGUUCCUGAAGCACGGAUUUUUCGCUUCUUCGUCUGCUGGGACUUUUGUGGUUUGAGAUUUUCGAUUCCUUCGGAGUUCCCGCUUUCAGCUUCAGAGUCCGACUCGUUUACGGACAGGCCCUCGGAGGCAUCGCUUUCAUCGCCUUGUUCAUUCUGAGACGCAUUCGAAGAUUGGCCAUUGCGAUCUUCGGGUUCUAAGAGUCGUAGUCGUUUGGCUGGAGGAGACAUUCUUCUACUACUACUGUUUGGUCAUGUGUGUCCACCAGGAUCCUGACUUCGUUCGCCCUUGACCCGUAUUUCGAGCUUCGAGUCUAAAGGUUAACCGUUUACACUACUUAAUUCUCACUCCCGACAAUCCAACCAUUCGGAGGGACCUGCAUUUCAUUCUGAAGAUCACAAUUCAGUCAGGUUCGGUGCUGGCACCGUAGCGCAGAAUGGAUCUUUCACCGGCACCCGACCUCCACCCUCUCUAUCCCAAUACCACUCAGAUCGCGGAAUCCCUUGCAACCGACUCCGGUUUGACGCCAGAUGAACGUGCGGAGUUGGUUCAUCAUUGUAUCGCGCGCGCGUGCGCGUUCGGAGAACUUUCUGUGAUGCAGUUCCUUAUCUCGAACCCGCAGGCCCAACAAUAUGUGGAUCUCGGCUUCCGCGAUGAGGAUGGGACUGGGCUCGUCAGUGCGACUAUUCACGGUUUCGGGGCGGAAUCCGAGCAUGAUGUAGAGCGUGAGGAGGUCACGCGUCUGCUCGUUGCGCAAGGAGCAGAUUUAAGUGCCGACAAAGCUGGAUGGACUCCAUUACACCACGCGGCGCUGUUAUCCCCUCCCACACUCAUCUCGUAUCUGCUGACACACGGCUGUUCACCGUUUGCCCUGACGCGUCGCAAGCUCACUCCGCUUGACAUUGUCACUGCUCACUCGACUCUGCCCGGCCGAGAAGAUGUUGCAUUGCUUCUGGAAGAAGCUAUGCGUGGAGAGGGUUGGACAGGUGGGAAGAUGGGGGAGAAACGCAGGUUAUUCGAUGAGAAACGACGAAGGAGAGAGAACUAUCGCUUGGUUUAUGAAACUGUCGGGAAGACGUUGGGGGUCGGAUCGAAUUGGUGGUCCGAUGGGGACUCGACGGAUUCCGAAUCUGGCGAUGAAGAAGUUGACGAUGCGGUCUAUACUCCUCCCGCAGACUACUCAUCCAUGCUUGUUUUCUCGCCCCCCGCACUUCCGCAGAUAUUCGAGUCUCUGAUCACGAAUUUUCAGCCAUCCUUCCGUAGUUGCCAGCCGGCGAACAGCCUUUACAUGCUUGCUAGGUUCGCCUGCUUAACAUGCGAUCAUACUUGGCUGGAGGACUUGAUCAUCGGGGCAACAGACGCGAUUGAGGAGACGUUCUUUGAUCGCGCCGAUGAUAUUACCUGUCUCGUUUUCUGGCUCCGAAACACGACGGUUUGGCUUCAUCUUUUGCGUUGCGACAAUUCGAUCAACGAGGCAUGUGAAAUGCUGGGUUCUUUUGAGCUCAUAGAGGAAGUGAUCAAUUCCGUGUUUGUUUUCAUCAUUCGUUUUGCCGAACGCCGAAUAGAUCAGCUUCUGGAACCAGCCAUUCUCGAUUACGCUCCUGUAGGGGCAGAAAUAGACUCGAUCCAAUUUGAGUCGGAUUGGUCCUUCCUGCGGUCUCUCACAGGGAAGAAAAAGACCCAGGCAGGACCUCCACCUUCGAGCAUGCGAACUGGGACCGGGACCACGGCACCUGCACCGUCCAGCCCGAAUCGUCCCCCGUCACCAUCCCCGAGCGUUUCUCCCUCCACUUCGCGUGGCUUUUCGUCCCUGAAACAGACUUUCUCGCGAGCCCGAUCCGGAUCUUCCACGACACCCCUACAAGCAUUGUUCGCUGAAGGUCCUGCAGUGACGUCGCCAGUGGAGAUCACUUCCUUCAUCACUGCCCUGCACACCUUAUUCACCCUUUCGGAAAUCAAUCCCGCUCUCACAACACAACUUUGGUCUCAGGUCACGUACUGGACAUCUUGCGAGAUGUUCAACCGAAUCCUAACACGCAAGAAAUAUCUGUGUCGCUCCCGGGCCGCGCAAAUCAGCAUCAAUCUAGGACUGCUUGAAGAGUGGAUUCUCGACAUGGGCCUUCCUCGUGGUGUGCAGGCACAUUUCAGCCCUGUUCGAGAUCUUCUUGCUUGGCUCGGUUGCCUUUCAUCCAUCACAGAGUUUUCUGAGCUCGUGGGCACGAUCCAGACUCUGUCCCAUAUCAAUCCUUUGCAAAUGCGUCGGGCAGUGCGCGAAUAUCGAUUCGAAGUCAAUGAGACUCGCAUGUCAGAGGAGUGUGUCCAGUACCUAACUCAGCUCCAGAAGGACUGGGAAAGGCGACGAGUCAAGCUCGGGGUAGAAGCACUACGGAAAGAAAGGGACACAGAUCGGGACAGUGUUUCUUCGUUCGCGACUGAAGGACCGGCCUCGGUGACUCCGUCUAUCGCGUCGUCGGAUGUAUCUGCUGGGCAGCAAGGUGUCGACAUGUUGUUCGAGCGCUCGCAAGAUCCUUCAGGCUGGGAACCAGCCAAACCGCCUCAAGUGCUGGGUGAACUGCUCGAUUCUCGUCACAUGCUUCCCCUGUCUUUCCCUUCAGAUCCACGAAUGCUGUCUGUAUUGCCGGGUCGCCUCGUCUUUCCUGAUGAUCGAGCUAGUAUUUUUUCACCCGACUCUCGCAGCCCGAACGAGCUCUUGAUGCCGUGGCGGUCCAGAGACAGGUCGUUGCGGCAAGUGGGGAUCCGCACACUCCAGUGGGUGGAUGGAGUUCGCUCAGCAGCUCGCUGGCAGCGUCGGGCUGCCGAUCCGGACGACGACGAGCAGCGUGCGUUCACCCCCCAGACGCACGACACUGAUCUGCCUGCCGAGGAGCUCACAGUGGACACCCACAUCACACCACUCACCAGAAAGCCUUCCGGGCGAAGAGGCAGACAAAGUCAGGGUGGAGACCCGGAGGCCACGCCCGUCGAUCAUCCUUAGCAUACUUUAUCUCAUUCACCACCAAUCUUAGCAUUCAUUCAUGUACCGGAUACCGGACCCUCGUCGCUUUCAUAGAUCUGUACUCUCGGUUGUUCUGGUUUCGAAGUCUUAGCCCUGCCAGGCUGAUGGCUGUGUCGGAGCCGUUUCACCGCCGCCUUGAGGCCGUACUUCAAGUUCCUCUCUUCCGCUUUCCCUCACACAAUGGCUUCACCUGGUUAUGACCAUUAUACUUAUACGCCCACAUCUGACGUGAAACAACAUCCACACAAUUAUGACGCAGUGCCGGAAUUCCCUCCGGAAGACGAAGCCUUCAAUCCUGCCACAAUUCCCAAGGCGUACGCAGACGACCCUUACGAGACGCAAGGCCACUAUCAGGACGAGGAGACUGGGAAGCACACACAACCCAGCCACGGUUGGAGGACCGCCAGCGAACCGGCGGUCGAAGACCCUGCAGCCUCGUUGGUGCAUAAUGCGGGCAACGCUGGUCAGAAUUACCAGAACAUGGAAUAUUCCGAUCCCUAUAGCGCGGAUGCAGCUAAACCGGUAGCAGCACAGGGAGCAACGCCCAUCUCGAGGUUCAUGGGGUUGACCGAAGGCAAUGACGCGCUGCAGCGAAGAAUAGACAUGAAGAGGCGAGGUAUUGGUAGACAGCAAUACCCAUAUGUCGUAUGGAUUCUGACGCUGGCGAUGGUCAUCACCUUUGUAAUUGAACUCGUGGCCAACAAGAAAGCCCAGGGCUCGCCAGUCUCAUUCAAGCCCGUCGUGAAUUACAUGAUCGGACCCUCGAGCACUGUCUUGAUUAACGUCGGUGCUCGAUUUCCACCCUGUAUGAAACUGGUGGACGCUGUUCCCCCGACUAUGGCGAUCGGUUGCACCAAUAACACUGCGAACCCUCCGACUGAGAUAUGCACAAUUGCAGACAUCUGUGGAUUUGGUGGAGUGAGCGCCCAGGCCCCGAAUCAGUGGUUCCGAUUUAUUCUCCCAAUCUUUUUGCACGCAGGCGUCAUACAUCUUCUCCUGAACAUGCUCGCGCAACUGUCUGUUUCUGCCCAGGUUGAGCGAGAGAUGGGCAGCGCCGGUUUCUUGAUUACCUAUUUCGCAGCUGGGAUCUUCGGCAACGUCCUUGGUGCCAAUUUUGCCCUAGUAGGACGACCUUCCGUCGGAGCCAGCGGUGCGAUAUUCGGGACGGUUGCACUAACGUGGGUCGAUCUAUUUGCUCAUUGGAAAUAUCAUUAUCGUCCGGGGCGAAAACUACUCUUCAUGACCAUCGAGCUUCUCAUUGGAGUCGCGAUCGGUUACAUACCUUACGUGGACAACUUUGUGGGAACAGUUUUCUAUCCCAUCAUUUCUGUCAGCAAACGGCACAAGAUCAUCACCGGCUGUGCACGUCUUGUUGCGCUUCCCAUAGCCGUGGUGCUCUUCGUCGUUCUCAUCCGCAACUUCUACACGGCCGAUCCGUACUCUGCAUGCCAGGGUUGCCGCUAUCUCUCGUGCUGGCCGACUGCGAGCAACAAUCAUUGCCAAGGGACGGGUUUGACGACAUCAUCGAGCUCUAUCUGAGCCGAGCAUUGGACUUGUAAUAGACACACACCGGACUUUUCAAGCACUCGUCUCAUUAGCCACAUAUGUAUUCCAGUAAACAUACAAUUGUUCAAUGAUGAAUAGUUGAAAUCUUUCUCCAUUUCCCGGGCGGUCGAUCAGCCGAUCAGUAUAAUUUGUUGCGAUCGACACCAGCGCGAUGCAUUCGUGCUUGCUAGUCAGCCUCAGCAUUCGACGUCCUGUGGGCAGCCUCGAGCAGCAUUCGGCUUGUUGCAGACUCUGCGACACACCCAGGUCCCACCAGCCCUUUGGCUGAGAUAUGUCCCAGCUCUAUUGGCAGACCGGGAGCAUUCUCUUCAGCGUCAUUGCUGUCCUGCUCCGUUAUGCCCUGUUCGACCAAUUCGAUCCCUCGCGCUGUGAGGCCCUGACCCACCAAGGAAGCUGGUUGGAUCACAAAUUAACCCGUUGGCAACCCCAUGGUUGCAUGCUUCAUGAAUACCGACCCCAGGACGGCUCAAAGUGUUUGGGCGGCGGAGAGGUGGUCUUCAUCGGAGACUCGGUUACUCGGAAUCUGUUCUUCCAGUUUGCCAGCAUACUUGACCCGAGUAUCCAAGGUUCCCCUGUUGGGGACGAGUUCAAGCACCAAGACCAUUCCGUGCGAACGAAGUCCGGCACGAACCUCUUCUUCGCGUGGGACCCCUUCUUGAAUGGCACGAAACUUAACACUCUGCUCUACGCAGAGCUGCUCAAGGAACAAAAGCCAGCACUGUUAGUGGUGGGUGGAGGCUUGUGGUAUCUUCGCUACGCGCCGACAUCUGGGGGUCUACCCGCCUACGAAGCCAACACCGAAAAGUUAUUCCACCGUCUCGGAAUCCAAUUCCCCGCGGACGAGGUGGUCAUGCUCCCGAUUGAAGAUAUCGUCACCUCCAAGCUCUCGCCGGAACGGGCGGGAACUAUGCACCACUCUGAUAUCGACGCCAUGAACUCUGACCUGAUCCACCGCGUCAAUCCCUACACCGGACAGUUUCCUAACCUGUUGUCUGGAAAUCGAAGAACCUCUCCCGUUUGGCUGCCUAUGGUCUUCAAUCAGAUGUUGCAUCCAGCGGCGACUGUCGACGGAAUUCAUUUCUCGGACUCGCUUGUGAAGACCCAGGCCAACAUUCUUCUCAAUCUCCGUUGCAACAACGAGCUCCCCAAGCUUCCUCCGAUGGAUAAAACGUGUUGUCGGAGUUAUCCGAACCCUGUACCGGUCCAGGCUCUCAUCUUGGGAACGAUCUUACUAUGGGGUCCCGUGGCACUCUAUACACUGCGUCAUCGAGGUCCUUUGGCUUCUCAAGAUGGCCUCAGGUCCGGGCUGAUUCUUAGCGCCGCUCUAGCCAUCGUCUAUCUCGCAGAUCGCAGUGGUCUGUGGCUCAAAGAACACAAAAACUAUUCGCCGACCAUGUUUGGGGGGCUGAGCAUCUUUGCGGUAGUGGCAGGGCUGUAUACCAUGAAACGAGGAGACAAAGACCUCGGAUUCUUGAAUCGCGAUCAAACGGACGAAUGGAAAGGAUGGAUGCAACUCAUGAUACUAAUAUAUCAUCUUUUGGGUGCAUCGAAAAUUUCUGGCAUUUACAAUCCUAUCCGGGUUCUUGUGGCCUCGUAUCUAUUCAUGACUGGCUACGGCCACGUUUCGUUCUAUCUUUUGAAAGCGGAUUACAGUUUCUCGCGAGUUGCGCAAAUCCUAGUGCGGACUAAUAUACUAACGGUGCUACUUGCAUUUGUGAUGGGCACCGACUACAUGCUCUACUAUUUUUCAGCUCUGGUCACCUUUUGGUUUCUGGUAACAUACGCAACGAUGGCCGUCGGCGCUCAGUACAACACUCGGACACCGCUCUUGGUCGCCAAAUUGACACUUGCUUGCAUUGCAGUCGCCUUGGUCGCCAAACAAGAAUGGCUUACGGCUGCUCUGUUCGACCUACUGGAACGGGUCUCUGCCAUCCGGUGGUCCGCAAGGGAAUGGGGUUUCCGCGUCACUUUGGACCUUUACAUUGUGUUCGUGGGUCAGCUGGCGGCCGUCGCUGUCAUCAAAUGCCGCGAACACAAGCUGGUGGAGCAUCGGCACUGGCCAACUCUCGUCAAAGGCGCCACUCUAUUGUCGGGUGUCGUGCUGGUCUGGUUCUUCGCCUUCGAGCUUGGGCAAGAGUCCAAAUUCACAUACAACACAUGGCAUCCGUAUAUUUCGUGGCUGCCGGUGCUUGCGUUUGCAGUCUUGCGAAAUGCGACUCCAGCACUGCGAUCCAUGUCCUCGGAUGUGUUCAUUUGGGCUGGCAAGUGCUCCCUCGAGCUGUUCAUCCUGCAGUUCCACUUUUUUCUCGCCGCAGACACCAAAGGCGUUCUCGUCGUCAUCCCCGGCCCGCAAUGGAGACUGCUCAAUCUGCUAGCGACUUCAAUCGCCUUCAUAUCUAUCUCACAUCUCGUCGCGGAAGCCACUGGGGACAUCACCAAACGCAUUUGCGUCUCCGAUGUUACCCGCAGCGUAUUGCCGGUCACUGCGGCCACAGACGAACAAGAAAAAAACGAACAGAGUACAAGCGGCCUGUGGUGGUGGAUCCAGCAGAGGUUACCGCGGAGACUGCUCGUCAUUCUCGGACUUUUGUGGAUAGCAAAUGUAACCUGGCGAAUAGGCCAAUGA